GAUAGGUGUUAUCGCCAGUCGCGCUCCGACCUCCGCCGCGGUCGGACGUAUGCGCGGAUGGGCGAGCUCCAAUACCCCGGCGCACCGAGCGUCGUCGACGAUGAGAGGCAGUACAGGGCCCCCUUCCGCCGCGCCCCGCAGUAUAGGUGGCCCGCGCCGCAGCCCCCGCAGCCGUCGGCCUUCGCCCCGUGGCGUAGGGCUCCGGCGCCCCCCCGGCCGCCAGAUUAUCGACGUAGUGCCUCGUAUCCUGGCAAACCAGAUGAGCCCUACCAGGAGCGAGGUGGACUGGACAACAUGCGAUCACUAGAGCACUACCUCACAGACAUUAUGCGGGCAGACCCCUCCGAACACAUGAAAGUAAAGUCGCCGUUCUUUCCCGGCGUGGAGGAGGCGGGCGUGGCCAGCGGCGUCGGCGCCGGCUCGCCCUCCGGGCCCGACCAGACGCAGGACGUCGUGUCCAGGCUCAGCGCGGCCGGUCAGUAUACAUCAAGUCUGUCGAUGUGCGUGAGCGCGCUGGGUUCGCCGGCGCGGUCGUCGCCCGUGUCGGCGGGCUCCGAGCACGGGGAGCGCUUCAGUCGGAAGGUUUUCGUCGGCGGUCUGCCCCCGGACAUUGACGAGGAUGAGAUCACAUCGUCGUUCCGUCGUUUCGGUCCCCUGGUCGUGGACUGGCCACACAAAGCUGAGAGCAAAAGCUACUUUCCGCCCAAGGGUUACGCUUUCCUUCUGUUUCAAGACGAGAGCUCCGUAGCGGCGCUGAUGGAGGCGUGCAUCACGGACGAGGACAAGCUGUACCUGUGCGUGUCGUCGCCGACCAUCCGCGACAAGCCGGUGCAGAUCCGGCCGUGGCGGCUCGCCGACGCCGACUUCGUGCUGGACGCCAGCAUGCCGCUGGACCCGCGCAAGACGGUCUUCGUCGGUGGUGUCCCGCGUCCGCUUAAGGCUGCGGAGCUGGCGAUGAUCAUGGACCGGCUGUACGGCGGGGUGUGCUACGCCGGCAUCGACACGGACCCAGAGCUCAAAUAUCCCAAGGGCGCGGGGCGCGUGGCGUUCUCCAACCAGCAGUCGUACAUCGCGGCGAUCUCGGCGCGAUUCGUGCAGCUCCAGCACGGCGACAUCGACAAGAGAGUCGAGGUAAAGCCAUACGUGCUGGACGACCAGAUGUGCGACGAGUGCGCGGGCGCCCGCUGCGGCUCCAAAUUCGCGCCCUUCUUCUGCGCCAACGUCACUUGUCUGCAGUAUUAUUGCGAGCACUGCUGGGCGACCAUCCACUCCCGGCCCGGGCGCGAGUUCCACAAGCCGCUGGUGAAGGAGGGCGCCGACCGGCCGCGCGCCGUGCCCUUCCGCUGGUGUUAGUGGCCGCCGCCGACCGCCGCUACCGACCACCGACCACCGCCGACACUCGACCACCACCGCCGGCGAACACCGACUACUGAAAGUGCACUACGCGAUACGGGUAGUUUGAAUUUUUAAACUUCGAAUAUUCGGGCGCUGAAGGUAUUUUGACAGGACUCGAUGAUAUAUCAGAGACUAUAUUGGCUAAUGAUUGGAUGUUAACAUCUGAUUUUGUAACAAUUUGACAAUUAACAAUGAACGAGAGUGCUAUUACAUGCUCUUUGGAUUCAGGUUAAAAAAUCCAUUUUAUAGAGCCAAUAUACUCACAUCUGAGUCGCCUGUUACUAAACCUCAGUUCUUGUAGCUAUCGCUCAUACCAUCCAUCCCAUCAUAGGCUGAAUAGAAUAUUUGUAAGAGAAGUUUAAGUGCACUUUCUAAUAGGAACUACAGGUUAAUGCCAGGAUAAAGAUGCAACCGUAUACCGACAACAUAGAAGAAAUAACGCGAACAUAAUGGAAUAUUAAAUCAAAAUGUACUUUAUAAUGCAGAUUUCAAAAAAAGUAAGUCGACUCAGUCGUUGAAAUCUGUAUUAGAAACUAACAAACGGGUAAAAAUUACUGGCGAAUAGUUAAUACCAUCUUCUGUAGACAUUGUAAUGGUGUUUCGACAAAUUGAGCUCGACUCUUGUUACAAUUACUUUUAUCUAAUGCCGAGUUCAAA